AUGGACACCUCGAUUUUGCUCAAGGGCGGUGUCGCUGUCAUCCAUGAUGAGAAAGACCAAGCCAUCCCUUCACGGCUUGAUGUUCUUGUCAGAGGCAAUAAGAUAUACCAGAUUUCAGAGGAUAUUGACCCUUCUCCAGGUACGCAGAUAAUAGACUGCAAGAACAAAAUCAUUGCUCCUGGAUUUAUCGAUACCCAUCGCCACAUGUACACCAUUGGUCUCAGGGGAAGACAUGGGGACAAUUUGCUCGAGGACUACAUGGUCGAAGGUAUUCUUCAGGCCUCGAGUUUUGACCCUAGCGAGAUAUUCUGGGGCCAACUUGCAGGAUGCGUGGAAGCAAUCAAUGCGGGAACAACCACUGUUGUUGAUCACAGCCAUUUGAACUAUUCUCCAGACCACCCCAAGGCAGCGCUGUCUGCGACAGUCUCUUCUGGUCUACGAUCCAUCUAUGGCUACUGUUUCAAUAUUCGCGUCGCUUCUUGGGCUCCGUUCGCCACCUACCCAGAGUUCAUUGCUCCUUGGGCGCUUGAAACCCUAAGAGAUUUAUCCGAGAAGGUUCCAUUAGGAAACGGUCGUGUAUCCUUGGGUGUUGCAUUUGAUGCCUGGUUCUUGCCAAAGGAAAGUAUUUCAACUCUUUUCGACGACAUCAGGCAAAUGGGCAUCAAAUAUUUGACAACCCACAAUUCUCCAGGACGACCAGGCGUCCCAUCGUCAAUCUCGAAGAUGAAAGAUUGCGGGGUUUUGGAUUCCGCUAUUCUCUCGCACGCAAACAUGCUGUCUGAAGCGGACGUUGGUCUUAUUAAGCAGCACAAUGCUCAUGUAUCAUCAACACCUUCAAUAGAGCUACAGAUGGGCAUGGGAGUUCCAGCUUGCUUCGACCACGACAGAGAUCUUCAAGGAUCCUCCUCCCUGGGCAUCGACUGUCACAACGCUACAUUAGCCAGCGUACCAGCCGAAAUGAGAGCUGCACUCCAGACCAGCAGAGGCCUGUACAACGAAAAGUUCUUGAAACACGGCAAGAAGCCAGCCCGAGUUUACAAGACGGUCCAAGAGGCAUAUGCUCUAGGAACAAUCGCCGGCGCUCGGGCCAUCGGGAUGGAGAAUCAGGUAGGAAGCCUUGCGGUGGGGAAACUCGCAGACAUCAUUGUCCUGGAUGGCUUAUCACCGAACAUGAUAUGUGGUGCCCAGCAAGACCCGGUCACGGCUAUUGUAAUGCACUCAACCCCGGCAGAUGUGGUCAUGACUAUGAUCGAUGGCAUUGUAAGGAAACAAUCGGGCCGAUUGGAGCCUAUUCACACAAUCGACUCAGGCCUCGACUGGUCCCCAGGUACAUCGAACUCAACCCUGAAAUGGUCAGAGCUGGCUGAGAAAGUCCUGGAAACGAGAAGCACCCUGCAAACAAAGAUCGACCGCAUCGACUUGGCAGCUGCAAAACCAGCGGUGCUAAAGGCAUUCGGUUAUAGUCCAGAUAGAAUUGUGGAGUCAAUCUGA